AUGGAUUAAUCAAAAAAAUUAGUUGUUGUUGGAACCAAAUUUCAAACCUAAAAUGAUAAUCAGGAAUAUCUUGGUAAAUCUAAUAACAAUAAUUAGAUUCAAAAUCUUUAUGAAAAUUAGUUGCCAUAUAUUAUUAAGAUUAUAUAUACAUUUAUGUUAUUAAAAUCUGAUUCAAUUGAAGAUAGAAGAAGCCAAAUUGAAUUGCAAAAGCCUUCUUCAAUAGUGGAAAACAGCAUCACUCUGUCCUUAAGAAGAAGACCUCAUUAAAGAAUUAACACAAAUAAAUAAGAUGGGGAAGAUUCCUAUGGUAGUUAUAAUUUGGACCAUCACGAAAGAAGUUUAUAGAAAAUAGAUAGCACCCCAAGAGGGUCUCCUUUACAAAAUAUGCAAUUCCAAAAGGCUUCUAUAUUCACUAAGGCAGCUUAAAAGCGAUAAUAAUAAGGGCAAUCUCACAUCCCUGAAGUGUAAACUUAGGAAACAUUUUAAAAAAAACAAUAGGAUGUUUAAGAUUCUUAAUAGAAUCUAGAAGAGCUUAGAAAUGUUAUUGCAAAACAUAUAUUUAUAAAUAAGUGGUAUUAAGGUCCAUCAUAUGAGAGGGCAAAUGAUAAUUUUUUUAUUAGGGAUGAUAAAAUAAUUAUAAUCGAAGAUGAUAGCAGUGUAGAUAAUUAGGAAGGUUUAAAAAAGCCGGAAGAAAUAUUAAAUAAACUUGUGGAGUCUCAUAUUAAUCCAACAAACUAUGUACUUCAAAAAAAUGAAACUUUGGAUAAGGUAAAAGAAGAGGGAGAUAGAUAAUAAAAAUUGAAGAAAGAAACAGAGACAAAGAAAUUAAUAAAAAAUUCAGAUGUUCGAAUGACAAUAUAUCCUGCAUAUGAUAACUUUUUUAAGAAAUAAUCAUGA